UCCGGUUGUCACUCGUGCCAUUGCUGUACUCUGCCCCGACGCUGGUGGAGUGUUGUGUAGUUCGCGACGUCCAUGUCGAUAGAAGCAGUAUCGGCGACGGACAUGAACGGGGAGCCGGGCCGUGACAUAUUGAGCACGACGGAGAGGCCGGCGGUGGCAGCGAUCGUGAACGUCAUCCUUUUCCGGUGUCACAUGGAGAGGAGCGAGAGGAAGAUGAGAGCGGCGGUUCUCGCACGGUGGAAGAAGACAUUGCUGUCCAUGAAUGCGGAGGGCUUCAACAAUGCUGCCACUUGCGACGCUGUGCUGCAGGUGUGCUACGCCAUGGGUUGCGGAGCUUUUCCCAAAGCGACGCCCAGGUGGUGGAUGAAGCGAUGGACAGAGGGAACGUGGGAGGAUCUGCGGCAAUGCGAUGACGUGACGACCGACUACUUCAGGGAGAAGUUGAGCAUGUCUCCACGUGUGUUCCGAGAGAUCGCGGAAGCUCUGUCUUCAUUCCUAUAACGAUUUGUCACUUUCUAUAGGGAGCCGUUACAACAUGA